CGAUUAAGAGCCCUUCUGUGAUAUAUCCCUCGUACAAUCUCAAAUAUUGCGCAGUUACAAUCCAACAAUGUCGGGGAAACUGCUUUGUGUCGUUGUGUUUUUUGCUGGAUUUUUUAUCGUUACAAAUUGUGAAGAAAAGUUCGGUUGCAAGUUGCCACAGGAACCUUUGUUCGGCCAUUUUGAUUUCAACGAAAGACUGAAGUCAUACCGAUUGAGCUGCGACGAAAACUUCCAGUUACAACCGGGCGGAUUGUUGAACCUUGACCGAUUUUGUAGAAACGGAAAAUGGACAGGAGCUGUGAGAGAUUGUGUUCUGAAAUAUCAAGUCAGGAAACAAUGCCCCCAGCUGUACGACCCCAAAAACGGAAAGGUCUUCGCUGCAUCGCUAGAUCAAGGGGCUUCCGCUGCAUUCGAGUGUGAUAGCGGAUACCUUCUCGUUGGGUCACGUGAGGUGAUAUGCACAACCAGCCAGAUUUGGAGCGGGGAGAUCCCUAUCUGUAGAAGCAAUAUGAACGCUGCUGAUAUCGCCAACAACAUAAAGGAGACAUUUAUUGAUAAGUUUGCCGGAUCAACUUCGACAUCAGAGUCUGGACCCCAGGGGCGUCUCAGUAUCUGCAAACGAGGCCUUGACAUCAUCAUUGCCGUCGACACCUCGUCCAGUAUUGGGACAGAAUCUCUGAAAAUUGCAAAGCGGUUCAUGGAAGUCCUUGUCAAAAUAUUUGGUGUGUCUGCAAAUAAAAACGGAGGCAAAAACGGAACACGAUUUGCCAUAGUAACGUUUGCAAGCACCGCCACUGUGCAUCUUCAGAUUGAUGACAAGAAUGUGCGAACGGUCAACUCCACUAUUGCCAAAAUCAACGAAAUAACGAUAACUGUGGGUGGCACAUCUAUCACAAAUGCUCUAAACACACUCAUCCUUAAGAUCGAUCUUAAAAAGAUAAGAGACAAUGAUCGAGAAGCACAGGAAACUAACAAAGCUGUUUUUCUUAUCACGGAUGCUGAACAGACGGUCAACGCUGCCGAGGACGUCCUUAUACUGGAUACGAAGAUUGAUUUAUUAAAGGUCGCUGGAUACGAGAUCUUCACAAUGGGAGUUGGAAGAAAUAUCAACAAACUCAUGCUGAAGAAAAUAGCCAGCGAGCCAACCGAAGAACACGUUUUCUUGAUAAACCAAUUCAAGGAUCUGAAAGCGAUAGGAGACACGAUUGCAGAAAAAAAUAUAGAUUACGGUAAAUGUGGAAUUUCUGGAAACACAGACAUAGCACAAGGUACGGCCGCGAGUAAAAAGGGGGCGUGGCCAUGGGUUGGCUGGUUAAGUGCCCAGAGCAAGACGUGUGGGGGCGUUCUUCUGUGUGCACGAUAUUUCAUGACGUCAGCAAGAUGCGUGUCUGACGUCAACGAAACAGGACACGUGAUUCCUUACACAGAAAACAUGAUAACCGUGAACCUCGGGGAUUCGCGGUGGUAUCAAGGUGAUGACGAGCAGGUGAUGCCGGUUGUCAAGGACGUCAUCAUUCACCCGAACUACACUGGUGUCCCUAACGAGCAUGACAUCCGAGAUUAUGAUGUGGCCAUCCUCGAUUUUGGCGAGGACAAUAGCACACAACCACCUCUGAACAAGUUCAUCAAACCGAUAUGCUUUCCCUAUAGGAAAGUGUACAACUUAUCAGAAGGAAGAUUGGAGUCUUUGAAAGUAAUGGCUGGUGAGGCAUAUGGAUUCACAGUAGGCUGGGGUCUCUCCCCAGAUUCGCAUACCCGACAGAUACCCUGGCGAAAACAGAAGCAGAACCGACGGGAAAUCCAAUCAGACGUCAAAUGUGGACGUCGCUACCCACACCUGGAUACUGACAGAUACUUCUGCGUCGGAAAUAUAAGGAAGGAAUGCGAUUCCUGUAGAGGUGAUAUUGGUGGCGCGUACAUGGCCGAACUGAGCAACUUUCGCUACAGCGCAUUUGGACUCGCCCAGAAGACGUACGACUGUCAAGACCAUCUCCAAUUCAGCAUCUUCCUUGAUCUGCAUCACCCAUCAAUCACCGAAUGGGCUCUUCCAAUCCUUGGUCGCUUUAUACGAUUGGGCAGCGCUGAGGACGAAGAAAAGGAGGCGGAGAAUGAGAGAAGAGAGAAUGCUCGAAACAAAACUGAAGAGGCGUAUCUUGUUGAAAUCGAUGCAGAUGGGGCGGACCCUGUUGAAGAUAAUGAACCAGCGGGGUAGAAAAUGUCGUGGAUGAUGAUGAGAAAAAGGAUGUGAAUGUUGGAGGCAAGAACGGGAAUGGAGAAAAGAAUCUCAAAAAGAAGGGUAAGGGUAAAGGCAAGGAAAAAAAAACAAGAACAAGAAUGGUCAAAAGAAAAAGAAAAGGAAGAGAAAUUAGACCAACCUGUGCGAUUAAAAAUGUGGUGUUACAAUUACUAGAAACAUAUGGUUCAUGGCUAAUGCAUGACAAAGGUGAUUCGUCAAACCAUUUUAUUCAUUGCUGUAUAAUAAAUAGAUAUGGCUGCUUUCUCUGUCAAUUUUGCUAUUUUCAAGA